CGCCAACUAGUGAGCAAAUACUAUAUCCCAGUUUCCAUUGAGUGGACCGUUAUUCCAGGAGACACGCUAGCGGAGCUUAACCCGUUCACGCUGGCGCCGCCACCGCCACCGCCACCGCAAGCGCCGCACUUGCGCCCGCUGCGUGCCGCCGCUCCGCCCGCUACCGCGCCGCAAUUAUUGGCCGCGCUUACAGAGAGGCUCCAAGAGCUUCAAACGGACCGCUCGCGCACGGCUGCGAAGCGUGACGAGUGCCGCGAUAGGCUUGUUCACGCGAUACGCACACGUGAAUCGCGCGGUGCACGCUGCGGGCAGCUGGAUGCGGCUUAUAGGCGUGCACAGGCGGCUCGAGGCUACCUUACUGACCUUAUUGAAUGCCUGGAUGAAAAGAUGCCAGAGCUGGAAGCGCUGGAGGCGCGCGCGUUAGCGCUGCAGCGGCGCCGCUGCGAGUUCGUGGUGGAGCGGCGCCGCGCCGACGUGCGCGACCAGGCGCAUGACGUCAUGGCGCUCACCGGUACGCUACUAUGUUCCUUACGCCAGGCCUGUUCAUCUCCAUGAGUUUGCAUCGAAAACAAAACACGCGCGAUUACCCAUCCUGAGAUACCUCA